AUGUCUGGCCGCGGGAAGGGUGGAAAGGGUCUCGGAAAGGGUGGCGCCAAACGUCACCGCAAGAUUUUGCGCGACAACAUUCAGGGUAUCACGAAGCCUGCCAUUCGCCGCCUAGCGCGCCGUGGGGGUGUGAAGCGUAUCUCGGGGUUGAUCUACGAGGAGACACGAGGAGUGUUGAAAAUUUUCUUGGAGAAUGUAAUUCGCGACUCGGUAACAUACACGGAGCAUGCGAAGCGGAAGACGGUGACGGCACUGGACGUGGUGUAUGCGCUCAAGCGGUCAGGGCGUACGCUCUAUGGCUUUGGAGCGUGA